GGUGGCGAUGAAAGCAAAGAGAGUGAAGCAAGGCAAAGCUCAAAUCCUCCCAACGAACUCUGCCUCGGCUUCUCCGCCCCUCCCAACCUCUCUCCUUCUCCAUCUUCUUCUUCUUCUUCCUCCAUUCAAUUCCUCUGAGUAGUCCCAUUCCUCAUUUCCCUCCUCAAUCGAAUCCCCUCAGCUCCGUCCCAUUUCCUCGACCCAAAUGGCCUCCUCUCUCCUCCCAAAUGCCGCCACCUCCGCCAAUGCCGACCCCACGCUCUCCUUCUCCUCCUCCCUCUCCCCCUGGACCCGCCGCUUCCCCUCCUCCGCCCCUCUUCCCCGCCGGCGCCGCCGCUCCCUCUCCGUCCAGUCUAAGGUCCGCGAGAUCUUCAUGCCCGCCCUCAGCUCCACCAUGACCGAGGGCAAGAUCGUCUCCUGGGUCAAGUCGGAGGGCGACGUCCUCUCCAAGGGCGAGAGCGUCGUCGUGGUCGAGUCCGACAAGGCCGACAUGGACGUCGAGACCUUCUACGAUGGGAUCCUCGCCGCUAUCGUCGUUCCCGCAGGCGAGACUGCCCCUGUUGGCGCCCCCAUCGGGCUGCUGGCUGAGACUGAGGACGAGAUUGCCGAGGCCAAGGCCAAGGCCAAGGCCGCCGCCAAUUCGGGCUCUGCCUCCCCUGCACCGAGCGCUCCCAAGGCCGAGGCAGCUGCCGCCCCUGCCGUGACUGCCACGCCUGCCCCAGCAAUCCCCCAGCCACCCCCAGCUCCGGGGCCGGCCAAACCAUCGGGGAAGGUCGUCGCCACACCCUUCGCGAAGAAGCUCGCGAAGCAGCACAAGGUGGAUAUCAAUAAACUUGUUGGUACAGGGCCAUACGGGAGGAUCACGCCCUCCGAUGUAGAGGCCGCGGCUGGGAUCAAGCCGUCAAAUCCAGCAUUUUCCGUGGCUGAGCCAGCUCCCGUCGCAGCUGCUGCUCCACCAAAACCAGCUGCUGCUGCAGCAGCGGCCCCGCCUCCUCUGCCUGGCUCCACCGUCGUGCCCUUCACCACAAUGCAGGCUGCUGUCUCGAAGAACAUGUUGGAGAGCCUCACAGUACCGACUUUCAGAGUCGGGUUUCCCGUGUCGACUGAUGCCCUCGAUGCUCUCUAUGAAAAGGUGAAGAAAAAGGGCGUGACGAUGACCGCAUUGCUAGCAAAGGCUGCUGCAAUGGCUCUUGUCCAGCAUCCUGUCGUGAACGCCACCUGCAAAGAUGGGAAGAGCUUUACUUACAACAGCAGCAUUAACAUUGCAGUAGCAGUAGCAAUCAACGGUGGGCUGAUCACCCCUGUGCUUCAAGAUGCAGACAAGUUGGAUCUCUACUUGCUGUCUCAGAAAUGGAAAGAAUUGGUGGAGAAAGCCCGCUCGAAGCAACUUCAACCCCAUGAAUAUAAUUCAGGAACCUUUACCCUUUCAAACCUCGGCAUGUUUGGAGUGGAUCGAUUUGAUGCUAUUCUUCCUCCAGGCCAGGGGGCUAUCAUGGCUGUUGGAGCAUCAAAGCCCACCGUCGUGGCAGAUGCUGAUGGGUUCUUCAGCGUCAAGAGUAAAAUGCUGGUGAAUGUAACGGCAGAUCACAGGAUCAUCUAUGGGGCAGACUUGGCCGCCUUCCUCCAGACAUUCUUGAAGAUCAUUGAAAACCCUGACAGCCUCACAUUAUGAUGACGUUGCCUCUUCAUCAAUUGGAUCGUUCGUGGUCUCAAUAGAUUCUUCGAUCCACUAAAUUUUUUUCUAGUAGCUGAGCAAUUUGUUGGUAUCGUUUGUUGAUUUUGUGUCCAUGUUCCAUAAUUUGGUGAACUUAUCGGGACCUAAUUUCACACUAGUGAGCAUACUCCCACCAGAAGUGGAUAAUAAACUUACACCCACGAGUAUCAAAAUUAGUCUUAUAUCAGUGUUCGGAA